UACACUUUUCUUGUUCUAAUUUAAUUUUUCUUUCUCUAGGUCACUUGGUAUUCUUGACUUGAAAAAAGACGAUGAUUCUAAGGUGACAGAAUUUGUUCUUCUGGUCUUGUCAUCCUUUUGGGAGCUGCAGCUAUUUCUCUUCUUAAUAUUUUUGUUGUGUUAGUGUCCUGGGAAAGCUCUUGAUAUUGGUAACAGUGAGAGCUGAUGCCCACCUGCUCCAAUCUCCUAUGUACUAUUUUUUGGGCCAUCUGUCCUUUGUUGACCUAUACCUGAGCUGUGUCACUAUCCCCAAGAUGUUAAGGGAUUGCCUACAGUAGGGCAAGAUCAUCUCUUUUUCAGGAUGCCUGGGCCAGACCUACUUCCCGCACUUUCUGGGAGCCAGUGGGGGUGUUUUUGUUGCUAGUCAUGGCCUACGACAGGUAUGUUGCCAUACGUAAUCCUUUGCCCUACCUGAGAGUCAUGAACCACCAGCUAUGCCUUCAGUUGGUUUUUGCCUGCUGGUGUGGGGGUUUCAUCCACUCUAUCACACAGGUCAUACUUGUCUUCCAGCUGCCCUUCUGUCACCCCAAUGAACUGGACAAUUUUUAUUGUGAUGUCCCACAGGUCAUCAAGCUAGCCUGCAUAGACAUGUACGUGAUAGAGGUGCUGAUGGUCUCAAACAAUGCUCUGCUAUCUCUUGUCUGCUUCUUGGUCUUGCUAUUCUCUUAUGCUGUCAUCCUGAUCACCCUGAGAACUCGCUUCCACCAGGGCCAGAGCAAGGCACUCUCUACCUGUGCCUCCCACCUAAUAGUGGUCAGCCUGAUCUUUGUGCCAUGUGUAUUCGUCUACCUGAGGCCUUUCUGCAGCUUCUUUGCGGAUAAGGUAUUCUCCAUCUUUUACACAGUGAUCACGCCUAUGUUGAACCCCCUCAUCUACACACUCAGCAAUGCUGAUGUGAAGACAGCCAUGAAGAAGCUGAGAAAAAAACAUGUGAUAUGCUUCCGCCAUGUUAGAAAACAUACUCUCUUGGGACACUCUUAACUCAUCCUGUACAUGAGCACAUGCCUGAAAGCCAAUUUGGUGACUUUGGUAUGAAAGAGAAGCCAGCAUGAAAAUUAUAAUGCAUUGCUAUUGAGGCAUAGGUAGCUUUCUCAGGGAUUAAAUGUUAAGCAGGGAACUCGAGAGUGUUUACUGGCUCACAAAUGAUAACAGGAAUUAAUUGCAGGCUAAAGUCAAGAAGACUCCUUGAAAGAGCAACUCUUCUAUCCUUUUGUCUAUAAGUGGUCUGCAUUUAUUCAAUUCAUUUCAAUUUUAAACUCUCUUCAAAUGAAAGAAGAUAUUACGUCCUUUUUUUGCCCUGCUCCUCCAGAGUUUAACAACUUUAGUAUCAGGAAAUUCCUUCUGAUGUCUCAACAGUCUUUUCCAAAGCAAUGUGAACCCCUUUGUCCUGUCUCUAACAAAGCCUGAAAACAGCACUAA